CAGGGUUCAUUGGCUGGGGUGGCGGGGGCGGGGCUCCAGAGGGAGCGCGCUUUUGUGGCGGUCAUGGAGGAAACCGGAGCCGUCUUCCGGAAAGAGCUGGUGAGCAAACUGCUGCACUUGCACUUCAAAGACAAGAAGACCAGAGUCAGUGGGGAUGCGCUGCAGCUUGUGGCCGAGCUGCUCAAGAUCUUCGUUGUAGAAGCGGCCAUCCGCAGUGUCCGGCAGGCCCAGGCAGAGGGCCUGGCCCGUGUGGACGUGGAGCAGCUGGAGAAGGUGCUGCCUCAGCUGCUUCUGGACUUCUAGGGUUUCGACCCUCACUGUGACCACCCAUUGGGAGCCGUGGCCUCUGGCUGCAGACAUGACAGAAGCUGCUGACCCACAACGUUCUCCUCCAGCUCCCAGCAAACCACCCCUCUUCCCCAGGUCAUCCCUUCUGCCUGCUGCUGACGGCCAGGACACAGCAUGUGGAGGGGAGGGGUUGCUGACAGAUCAGGUGCCAGGUGCCCACCCCACUCCCCA